AAAAAGUUCAUGGCGAUCGUUCUCUGCUCGUGACUUUGAAGUUGUACGACGUGUCGCGUCGGACGCAUUCCUUUGUGACAGCGACUUCGACGACGCUGUGUUCUUUCAAGACUGAUGUGAGCAAAGCUCCUUCGUACAUUUGCCGUCCGUGCUUGGAUGAACGUACUUGUUGUUUUCGCCAUCCUCCGCAUCUGGUAGCAGGCCACCUGGUUUACAAAACCAAAAAAAGCCCUUAAAACAACGCAAGAAGGCCGAACAAAAUGGGGAAGAGAGGAAAUAACAGCAAGAAACGCCGACGUACAUCUGCCGAAGGUGGAAAAGGGCCAAAGAGAAAAUUCCCCGUUGACAAAGCGGAAGACGACAAUGCAAAAGAGGAUGGAGGCGUUCCAGCAUGGGACCACCUUCAAGAUGAGUUGAUCCUCAGGAUCUUCUUCCUCCUCCCUUUGCGGGACCUCGUCAGGACAUCGGUCGCUUGCAGACGCUGGCAUCGUUUGGCGUUUGAUCAAUCGCUGUGGCACAGUGUGGACUUGCACGGGGUGAUCAAUACGGGUCUAGCGCUGGAGCAGGUGCUGAAGGCGGGUGUGCGCAGGUUAAGCUUGCGGGGGGUGAUCAAUACAGCCCCAGAGCCAAAGGGAACCAUUUUACUCUUACAUAGCAAGAAGAUGGACAACACCCAACACUUUGAGAUCAUGUGCAGACUGAAGAUUACUGAAAUGGACCUGUCCAUGACCCCAAUCAACACACUCACCCUUGAGAGGAUCAUCAGUUGCUGUACUCGUUUGGAGUGUGUCAGUCUGUCUGGCAUGAAGCUCUCCUGCGCAAUUUUCCUAGGGCUGGGCUGUAAUCGCCACCUACGGCAGCUCAACCUCAGUAAAUGCAACAGCUUCUCGCUGUACUCUCUCUGUCGCAUGUUACGAUCUUGCUCCAGAAUACAACAGUUGAACAUGUCAGAUUGCAUCUUUCACGAUAAAUUUACGAAAACCGUAUUGAAUAAUGUGAGUUCCACUGUUACACACCUCGACCUCAGUGGAAAACGUGGCAUCUUCUCAGUAGAUGAUUUGAAUGCCUUGGUGAAGAGAUGUCCUGAUAUUCGCACGCUACAUUUCAAUCACAAAUGGCACUUGACCGUUAAGUUCUUGCCCGCGCUCUACAAGCUCAAACAUCUGGAGCAUCUGUCCUUGAACGGCUGCUAUUACCUUCACGCCAUGACUGACGCCAGGAAGACAUUCCCCUCGCUGAAGUACCUAGAUAUGCGGGAUUGCAAAAAUACCAGCGGGAUUUCCUUGAUUGAGGCAAACCCCGGCGUUUGCAUCAACCACUAUCCUUCAUUUGUCGUCGCCUCCCCCACGCAGCCAUACGAAAGUGGUGGCGACCUCAGGAUGUGGGACAGAAAAUUUCGAUUGAGGUUCCCAUGAGGGCCUCGCGCCUGAAAAUAGCUGGGCUCCGGCAGGCCCGCGACCCACGUGAGGAGAAGCGGUACAGAAAAUGGAUGGAAAUUGCUUCACUAGAAAUUUACACUUUACACCGAUGUGAUCGGUUUGAUCGAUAUCUGCCGAUACUUAGCAUUGUAUGCCAAUCGGCUAUUUUUAGCCUUGUCACGUGUCUUGUGGGGUAGUACUGUAACUGACGGCCAAUAAAGUUUUUUCUAUUUUGUCGGGGGGAAAAAACACA